AUGUCGGCGUCCAAAUCUUCUCCAUCCGCCUCCCGAUCUGAUCCUCAGACUACUGGGCAUCAAGAAAGUCUUCUGUCAGCCCAAGAAAUACUAGCAGUUAUUGAUUCUUUUGAGAAACAGGUUGCUUUGGAUCGUCGUGUAAGCAUAAAGAAACAUAUGGAAGAAAAUACACAAAAAGUUGCUGAUGUAACAAAAAGUCUUCUUAAACUAUCGAUGGAAAGAAGCAAUCUUAAGAUUAUUGGUGCACACAAAAGUGUUGAUUUACUGGCUAAGAGGCAGAAAGAUGCAAUUGAUAUGCAUAACUGUAUCGGUACGAGUAAUGGGGAUAAUGAUAACAGUAGCUCUCAAGAAGAUGGAUAUGGCUCUUCGGCAAUUCUUUUGGGAUCUAGCAUUGCAGUAAAAAAUGCUGUUCGCCCUAUUACACUACCAGAAGUGAAAAAAUUACCACCAUAUACAGCAUGGAUUUUUUUGGAUAGAAACCGAAGAAUGACGGAGGACCAGUCUGUAGUCGGCAGAAGGAGAAUCUAUUAUGACCAAAAUGGUGGUGAGGCUCUAAUCUGUAGUGAUAGUGAAGAAGAAGCAAAUGAUGAUGAAGAAGAGAAGAAAGAGUUUGCUGAGUUUGAAGAUUAUAUUCUGCGAAUGACCAUUAAAGAAGUGGGGUUAUCUGAUGCUGCAUUGGAUUUGUUAGCCCAGUGCCUGUCUAGAAAAUCUUCUGUAAUCAAGGCAAGAUAUGAAGAUCUUGUUAAGAGCGAGAAUUCCACAUGCGAUGUAAACAAUGGAAAUGUUGAAAGCUUCGUGAAUCCUUAUAUUGAUAAAGAUCUAGAUGCAGCUCUGGAUUCAUUUGACAAUCUGUUUUGUCGCCGCUGUCUUGUUUUUGACUGCAGACUACAUGGAUGUUCCCAGGAUCUUAUCUUUCCUGCUGAGAAACAACUACCAUGGUCCUGUCUGGAUGUGGAAAAAAAACCAUGCGGCCCAAAUUGCUACCGACGGACACAAAAGAGGAAGCAGGGAGGUCCAUCUGUUCGCAAGAAGUCAAAGUCUUUCCCAAGUGAAAAUGCAAAAGACAUAUCUGAAAGCAGUGACUCAGAAAUCAAACUCUUCAAUGAUGUUGCUUCUUCGCCUAAGUGUACAUCUACAGGAAAAUGUGGGGGAAACAAAAGGAACAGCAAGAGAAUAGCCGAGCAUGUAUUAGUUGCCAUAAGGAAAAAACAGAAGAAAAUUGCUGCUUCUGACUCUGAAUCCAUUGCAAGUGGGAGUCUCGGCUCUAAAGAUUUGAAUCUUCAGGCUCCUCGACGAGAAAAUAAUGGCAUUAGUUCUUCACAGAAAUUGAAAUCUUCAUGUGCUAGAAAGUCUAGUAGGAAAGAGUAUUUUGCUCCUGACAGCAACAAAUCUUUGCAGGGGGAGGCUCUGAGUGGGGCAUCGAAUGAGAUUGAAAGUAAGCGACCUGUGACUAGUAGUGACGAUACCUUAAAGAAAGAAGAACUUAUAGAUGAGAGUAUGUAUAAACAAGAAGUAACAGAUGAUAAAUGUUGGAAAGCAUUUGAAAAGGCCCUCUAUGAAAAGGGGCUUCUGAUUUAUGGCCGGUCCAGCUGUUUGAUUGCUAGAAAUCUUAUGAAUGGUCUGAAGACAUGUUCAGAGGUAUAUAAAUAUAUGCAUCAUUCUGAGAAUAAGCAAUUUUUUCGUGCUGGUGAUGGGGCGACCUUUGCUGAUGGCUAUUUGAAAGCUGAUGGUGAAAUUGUGGGCAAUGCUGCACGGAGAAGAUCAAGAUUUUUACGUAGGAAAGGUAGGGUUCGCCGCUUGAAAUACACAUGGAAAUCUGCAGGGUACCAUUCUAUCAGGAAGCGCAUUUCUGAGAGGAAAGACCAACCUUGUCGGCAGUACAACCCUUGUGGAUGUCAAUCAGCCUGUGGAAAGGAGUGUCCAUGUCUUGUUAAUGGUACCUGCUGUGAAAAAUACUGUGGGUGUCCAAAGAGUUGCAAGAAUAGAUUUAGAGGCUGUCACUGCGCUAAAAGUCAGUGUCGAAGUCGUCAGUGCCCUUGUUUUGCUGCUGAUAGAGAGUGUGAUCCGGAUGUUUGUCGAAAUUGCUGGAUCAGUUGUGGUGAUGGCACCCUUGGGGUUCCUUCUCAAGGAGGUGAUAAUUAUGAAUGCAGGAACAUGAAGCUUCUUCUAAAACAACAACAGAGGGUGUUGCUGGGAAGAUCAGAUGUUUCUGGUUGGGGAGCAUUCUUGAAGAAGAAUGUUGGCAAGCAUGAAUACCUUGGAGAGUACACUGGUGAACUAAUAUCACACCGUGAAGCUGAUAAGCGUGGCAAGAUCUAUGACAGGGAAAAUUCUUCGUUUCUCUUCAACUUAAAUGACCAGUUUGUGCUAGAUGCUUAUCGGAGGGGUGAUAAGUUGAAGUUUGCCAACCAUUCUCCUGAUCCUAAUUGUUAUGCUAAGGUCAUUAUGGUGGCUGGAGAUCACAGGGUGGGUAUAUUUGCGAAAGAAAGAAUUGGUGCUGGUGAAGAACUCUUUUACGAUUAUCGUUAUGAGCCAGAUAGAGCACCUGCUUGGGCAAAAAAACCUGAGACGUCUGGCGCUAGAAGAGAAGAUGGUGCUCCUUCUACCGGUCGUGCCAAGAAGCACACCUGA